AUGGAUGUAGUGGCUAGGAUGGAGGAUACAGAACCGUUUAGCGAGGAACUUCUCUCAGCAAUGAAACGACUAUGGGCAGAUUCGGGAGUACAAGAAUGUUUCUCACGAUCGAAUGAAUAUCAACUCAACGACUCAGCUAAAUAUUUCUUGGAUGACCUGGAUCGGCUUGGUCAACCAAAUUAUCAGCCGACUGAGCAAGAUAUUCUACGGACUCGUGUAAAGACAACUGGUAUCGUUGAGGUUCACUUCACCUUCAAGAAUCUCAAUUUUAAGCUUUUCGAUGUUGGUGGCCAACGAUCAGAAAGAAAAAAAUGGAUUCACUGUUUCGAAGAUGUAACUGCUAUAAUAUUUUGCGUUGCUAUGUCUGAAUAUGACCAAGUAUUACACGAGGACGAAACUACGAACCGAAUGCAUGAAUCGCUGAAAUUAUUCGACUCGAUCUGCAAUAAUAAAUGGUUCACUGAUACGUCGAUUAUACUUUUCCUAAACAAAAAAGAUCUCUUUGAAGAAAAAAUCAAGAAAUCUCCAUUAACUGUCUGUUUUCCAGAAUAUUCAGGUCGGCAAGACUAUCAUGAGGCUAGCGCUUAUAUUCAGGCUCAGUUCGAAGCAAAAAAUAAGUCAGCAAAUAAAGAAAUCUAUUGUCAUAUGACCUGUGCAACUGACACCACAAAUAUUCAAUUCGUAUUUGAUGCUGUAACUGAUGUUAUUAUUGCCAACAACUUAAGGGGUUGUGGGCUAUAUUAA